GGGUGCCUAGCUCCUCGCUCUUACUCUUAGAGCAUAUAUAUAUGUGAGAGUGAGAGUGUGAGAGAGAGCAAGCAAAUUGGUAGUUUCUGUUUUGUGCAUUCCGUAUUCAACUCUCUCUCACUUUUGCAUUGUCAGCAAUGAACGCUCUUGCAGCCACCAACCGCAAUUUCCAACGUGCAGCUCGAAUCCUGGGAUUGGAUUCCAAGCUUGAGAUGAGUCUCCUCAUACCCUUCAGAGAGAUCAAAGUUGAAUGUACGAUCCCGAAAGAUGACGGAACUCUGGUCUCGUAUGUUGGGUUCAGGAUCCAACAUGACAAUGCUCGUGGCCCUAUGAAAGGAGGAAUCCGUUAUCACCCUGAGGUUGACCCUGAUGAAGUGAAUGCUCUAGCUCAGCUGAUGACAUGGAAGACAGCCGUAGCCGACAUACCAUAUGGAGGAGCAAAGGGUGGCAUUGGCUGCAAUCCGAGGGACCUCAGUAUCAGUGAGUUAGAACGGCUAACUCGGGUCUUCACCCAAAAGAUUCAUGAUCUUAUUGGCAUUCAGAGAGAUGUUCCUGCCCCCGAUAUGGGAACAAAUGCGCAGACCAUGGCAUGGAUGCUUGAUGAGUAUUCAAAGUUUCAUGGGCAUUCUCCUGCAGUUGUGACUGGGAAGCCUAUCGAUCUUGGAGGUUCAUUAGGAAGAGAGGCUGCAACUGGUCUUGGAGUGGUUUAUGCGACAGAGGCAUUAUUUGCUGAACAUGGGAAGACAAUUGCUGAUCAUACAUUUGUGAUCCAGGGAUUUGGAAAUGUGGGAACUUGGGCUGCUAAGUGUGUUCAUGAGAGAGGGGGUAAGGUGAUAGCUGUGAGUGACGUCACAGGUGCUAUUAAAAAUCCAAAUGGCAUUGAUAUCCCUGCCCUUCUGCAACAUAAGGAAGACAAUGGAAACUUGAAAGACUUCCCUGGAGCAGAUACCAUGGACCCAGAUGAAUUGCUUGUUCAUGAGUGCGAUGUUCUUAUGCCAUGUGCCUUGGGUGGAGUUAUAAACAAGGAAAAUGCUGCAGAUGUGAAGGCAAAAUACAUCAUAGAAGCUGCAAAUCACCCUACUGAUCCUGAAGCUGAUGAGAUCUUGUCCAAGAAAGGAGUUGUUAUUCUACCCGAUAUUUAUGCCAAUGCCGGUGGAGUGACCGUUAGCUACUUUGAAUGGGUUCAGAAUAUUCAAGGCUUUAUGUGGGAUGAGGAGAAGGUGAACCAUGAGUUGAAGAAGUACAUGACAAAGGCUUUUAGGGAUAUUAAGUCAAUGUGCAAAGUUCAUAAUUGUGACUUGAGAAUGGGAGCCUUCACCCUUGGAGUUAACCGUGUUGCUCGUGCUACACUUUGGAGGGGUUGGGAAGCUUAACAAGCCCCUCAACUCAAUGCACCAUUUUUUUCCUUUUUUCUUUUUUGGUUUAGGCAGAUGGAACAUUACUUACUCUACCCAAACAGUAGGAUUUUGUCAUCUAGCUUAAUUUAAUCAUAUAUCUUGUUUUGGCUG